AUGUAUCGACUCUUCGCUUUGGCUAUCCUGCUUGCAGGAGAGGUCAUUGGCAAGGAAAAAUGUCGAAUAGGAGACGAUUGCGCUAGCUGUAUAAUUGCACAGGAAGGCGACAAAUGUACGGAGGAAACCACAUCAGAAUCCCUAUAUUGUGAUCCAAAAACCAAAAAAGCAGAUUUACAUGAGAACGCAUUUCUCAUUUGUAAUCUUGUGAAAAACAAAUUGGAAAGAAAAAUUUGCGGAAAUGGCCAAUACUUUAUCGAUGGCAAAUGCCGCACUGGUCAUAUUCGCUACAAGCGGCAGGGCAUUGCCGGCUCUGGUAGAGUU